ACUUGUCAGUCUUUCUCUCGUUUUUCGUUUGAUGUGUUCGUUUUGUAAUUUAUAACAAAAUUACAUCUUAAUUUUAAGCUUAAUUACAUAUUUAAACUAUAAGGAUAAUGGCUGGAAUCAAAGGUUUGGUGUCUCUCGCAUUCCUGGGUUCAAUUGGAAUGACUUUUGUCAUUCUAGCUUGUGCAUUACCUGACUAUAAAGUAUGGUGGCCAUUCUUUGUGGUUAUUUUCUACCUGCUAUGUCCUGUGCCCACUAUGCUGGCCCGUCGUCAUACAGACACCACCGGUGGAACAAACUCUCCAUGCAUGGAGGCAGCAGUAUUCAUUACAAUGGGAUUUAUCGUCAGCUCUUUUGGACUUCCCAUAGUUUUGGCACGGACUGCUGUGAUCGCAACUGGAGCCUGUUGUCUAACAAUUGUGGGCAACAUUAUAGUGUACCUGACCAUAAUUGGCUUCUUCACGAUCUUCGAUAUGGAUGAUUCUGACUACACUAUGUGGUGAGAGAUCUAGAGUCUACUCACAUUGUUAUAACCUUUUAGGAGACAAUGUUAGGCAUACAAAAAUUUUUGUAAGAUAUGUUGUGGUUAUGUGUAUUAAGUCUGAUUGCAAUUGGCACUGACUAUACUCGAGAUUUCAAUCAAAUGAGUAAACUAUUGAAACUGAAUUUAAAUUUAGUCUCUGUAUAAAAAAAGAAAACCAGAUUUAUCAUUAGAAAAGAGAAUCUGUUUAAUAUCUAUAACAAUCUAUCCUUAUUGCUUUUAUGUUAUACAUAUAUGUAUAUUAUAGGCCUAUAAAUAUGCAUGAAUCCCGUGCCUUCGCCAAUUUGUUUUUUUUUUCUUUCCAUUAGUUUACUUAAUUUGAUUGAAAAUUAGGCUUUAAUGUAAUAUUGCAUACUUCUGUGAUAACAUGAUUGUGUUUUAUAAGAGAGUCGCUUAUCACAUUUCUCAGUAUAUUGGAUUAAAAUGAACGUGAGAUAACGCCAGUACACUAUCAAGUCAAGAUGUCAUAUUAAAAGUCUACUUUUCAAGAGAUCACCAUCUCUUGCUUCAUGCUUUUAAAACUCAAAUUUUCAAAUUUGAGCAAUAUGUGAUUAAGGUUUUCAACCAUAAAAUAAAAAUCCUGUCUAGGUCAGGUGCUCCUUUUAACAUUGCCUAUUGUUUAAGUAUAUUUACUUAUAUAGAGGCAGCUAUGACUUCUAAUUUAUUUGUAACUAAAAUUUAGAUAAACAUAUUCUUUUUUAUUUACCUAUGUAUCGGUAUCAGGGUGUCUAAUAUUGUAACACUUCUACUAAUACUUCAAAUAUUUAAGACAUGUCAAUGUUAUCACAGAGGGUUUUUACUCUAGUUAUCAAUACUAACUAAUAAAUAAAGCUCUUUGAGCAUAGACUGCUAUGUUAAUAUAUUUGAUUAAAAUUACAUGGUUCGCUGGGAAACUGGAUUUGCAUGAUAAAAUUUUCAGUACAUUUUGUAUGAUUAUAGAAAAUAUUAAUUAUGCUGAGGACUUGCAUCGCAUAUAACACUAUGUUCACGAAAUCAUUUUGGUCAGAAUCCAAUGAAACAUUUUUGAAUGGUCACAAAAAAAAAUAUC